UGUGUUGGUGUUAGUUAAACCAGCGUACCGAAGAGACGAGAUUUGCGGUCCGAUCUUUCUUCUAUUUCGUGGCCUCGUUGUGUUAACUUGUUCGUGGUAAAAUGUCGUCCCCGGAUGCUGUAGCAUUUGCAAAGGAUUUCCUCGCUGGAGGAAUCUCCGCUGCUGUUUCUAAAACAGCCGUAGCACCGAUCGAAAGAGUAAAAUUAUUGCUACAAGUUCAACAUGCAUCGAAACAAAUCACCAAAGAAAACCAAUAUAAAGGUAUCAUCGAUUGUUUCGUCCGUAUCCCAAAAGAACAAGGUAUGGUCAGUUUCUGGAGAGGUAACAUGGCCAAUGUCAUCAGAUAUUUCCCAACCCAGGCCUUAAAUUUCGCAUUCAAAGAUGUAUACAAGAAGAUCUUCAUGGAAGGCGUCGAUAAGAAAACUCAAUUCUGGAGAUACUUCGUAGCCAAUUUAGCUUCAGGUGGUGCUGCCGGAGCUACAUCUCUGUGCUUCGUCUAUCCGUUAGAUUUCGCUCGUACUAGAUUGGCCGCUGAUGUCGGUAAAGGUCCCGCCGAAAGAGAAUUCAAAGGUUUAGUCGACUGUAUAGGAAAAACGGUGAAAUCCGACGGUAUCAUCGGUUUAUAUCGUGGUUUCGGCGUAUCGGUGCAAGGUAUCAUCAUCUACCGUGCCGCGUACUUCGGUUUCUUCGACACCGCCAAAGGUAUGUUACCAGAUCCCAAGAACACGCCGUUCUUGAUUUCAUGGGCUAUCGCUCAAUUCGUCACCACCUUCGCUGGUAUUAUGUCCUAUCCAUUCGAUACCGUAAGAAGAAGAAUGAUGAUGCAGUCCGGACGUAAAGCAUCUGAACAGCAAUACAAAGGCACCAUGGACUGUUGGGCCAAGAUUGCCAAGUCCGAAGGAGCUGGCGCUUUCUUCAAGGGAGCAUUCUCUAACGUAUUGAGAGGUACCGGUGGCGCCCUCGUGUUAGUAUUCUACGAUGAAUUGAAACGCCUGUUGUAGACAAAUUUUCUAUAAAAUCGUAAUCCACGAUACGAUUCUGUGUAAAGUAAUAAAAUCAUAGGCAUAGAAUACGACGUUCUGAAAAGAAAAAAUAUUUAAUAGCUACAUUCCCAGAUAAUUCAGUGAACAAGCUUAAUUCGCAUCGCAUUCCUUCGUAAUAAUUCCCGGAAUUUUAUCUAAAGUAAAUUUCUCUCUCGGUCGUUCAGGUUUUUAUUAUUUACAAAUAUAUCCAGAAUCCGUAUAUUUAAUCGAAUAUUCAAUUCCUCUGUGUUUUUCGUUUCCAUGUUUUGUUUAAAUGUUGUACACUUGAGUAAGUAAAAUGAAGUGUAAAAUUCGAUUAAAUUUAUGUUGAAUAAGUCGUUAAUUUAUUUGUAAUAUAUUUAAAUACAUUUAAUUCCGUAUACUA